AUGAAGAACUUCGCAUCUCUUGCAGCUUUCGCUGCUGGAGCUAAUGCCCUCGUCAGCCGUGCCGACUCGUGCUGCUUUCACCUGACCGCUUCCGGCGCCGUAUCUGGCACUGUGGGCCAGCUUGGUGAUGGCCAGAAUCGCAUCGGCGGCGGCUUAGCUGCAGCCUCGUUCUGUAUCGACUCGAACGGUGCCAUCACUGAUAGCAGUGGGCGUGGAUGUAUCGUGACUAACUCCGUAACCCAGUUCCAGUGUGACUUAGGCUCCACUGCCCAGACUGGAUUUUCAAUCUCAUCUGGUGGUCAGCUGCAAUACCAGGGUAGCUCUAAUUUUGUUGCAUGUCAGACCGGGGACAACAAUGAGUUGAACAUUUAUACCACCGAAAGCUCCUCGGUGCUGGUGCGUCUGGCGCAGCUACUGCGGUCUCCUCGGUUCAGGUGCCCCAGUCCGGCAGACCAGGCUCGGUCCUUCCAGGUCAAUCAUCUUCCUUCAUCCCGGGCGGCCCUAUCUCUAGUGCACCUGUGCCUGGCUCUGGAUGUGCUUCGGCUCAGACAGUCACUAUCACCACCACUGUAA